ACCUCAGACAGGACAUUGUAGGCUGCAUGGUAGCAGCAAGCAACAGGAUUCUGCGUAGUUUCCCCAUUUGCACUGCCAAAGUAUUUUGACAACGUGAGGCACGUCGACAGCACUUAGGGUUUCGAAAGCGCAAAAUAUUUUGAUAUCGCCGUCGAUAUAAUAGCAUCCGUACGACUGCGGCUUUAACACGUUUUCUUAGUUAACCGCUGCGCGCCGAUGGCGUGGCAGGGAGGCGGCGGAACGCGCGGAAGGGGAAGAGGCGGUGGGGGCAGGGGAGGCGGCGGGAAGAGAGACGGGCGCGGCUAUGGCGGAAGCGCAGGCGGCGGAGCGGGCGCGGGUGGCGCGGAGCAGGGCGCUACGGCUGAACAACACGCCCUUGCGCCCCGCGUGCUUCUGGACCCCUCUCUGUCGCACUACUUCACGGAAAUCGCGAGCACCUGGCAGGAGACCACCGACCCCCAAGCCCGAGCCUCCAUCGCUGCCAAUGCUCUCGAGGAGGCUCGGGGCAAGGAGCACCCGCUGCUGUGGGACUCCCAGACCUGCCGCACGCUCGAGCCCCUCCUCUCCGCCGCCCCCCCCGCCGCUGCCGCGCGCUUUCUCGCCGGCGCAUGCUGCUGCGCGGGGAGGGGGAGAGCGGGGGGAGAUUCGGGGGGGAGGGGAAGCGCGGGGGGAGAGGGGGAUGGGGGAGGGGAGCGGGAGGUGAAUCUGUGUCGGGAUAUCUUAGCGCAUGGGUUGGCUUCCCGGGUGGUAGAAGCUGGCUUGCAGAAUAUACGGGGGUGGGUGACUGGAGAGAGGAGGACAGGUGGCAGCGCAGGAUUGGACGAAACGGGGGCGGGAGUCGAGGAGGAGGAUGAGGGGGAGGAGGAGGAGGGGAUGGGAGGAGAGGGGAGCGGGGGAGAGGGGGAUUUGCCGAAAUGGACCGGAACAUUGAGGGUGGUUAUGAAGAAGAUCUGUGCAGAGGUGGCAGCAUACCCGCUAGCAGCCAUAACGAGUCCUGCUUGCUCGCACGUGCUGCGCUCCCUGCUGCUGCUGCUGGCAUGCCGGCCUAUCAACGACACGCCCGCCGCAGCCGAGGGGACCAGGAAGGGGCGGCAGGGCGGGGCGGAGAAAGAGGGUGGGGAGGAGAGGAGGGAGGAGGGAGGGGAGGAGGGCCGGGAGGAGAAGAAGAGGGACGGAGCGGGUAGCAGGUCGGGCGGGCGAUUGCCGCCGCAAAUCCAACGGGCUGCUGGAAAUUUCCAACCCACAUCUGGUGGAUUCGUUCCCAGCCUGCCCGGGAUGUCCGGGCAGGGCACAGGGUGGCAAGUAGAAAAGGAAGUGGCGGCAGCAGCGGCAGCGGAGCAAGGGAGGAGGGUGGGGGGGGCGCUGGGGUUUCCAGCGUUGCUGCAGCAGGUGGUGGUGGGGGUGGCGGCAGCAGCAGCGGGGGCGGAGGAGGCGAUACCGUCUUCCGCUGUCUCUUGGUCGUCCUAUGGGGACUCGUGGACUCUGGCUUGCGACCCCGCUGCUGGGCCUCUGCUGCAGGUGAUGCUGGACGUGAUUCGCGACGAUGCUGCUCUGCUCACCCACGUCAUCACCUCCCUGCUCCACCUGCCCGAGGCCUCGCUCCGGGCAGCAGCAAAAAAGAGGAAGCGGGAAGCGUCGGGCAGGCAAGAGGGAGGGUGUGGGAAGAAAAGAGGCAGAAGGGAAGAGGAGGAGAGGGGGGAGGGGGGAGAUGAAGGAGAUGAGGAGGGGAGAGGAGGAGCAGAGGGGGGAGAGGAAGGAGAGGGAGGGGAUGAGGUGGACCAGGAGGUAGAGCAGAUUUUAUACCUUAUGAAGGACCGAUGUGGGUCGAGAUUCAUGGAGACUGUUCUCCUCCUCGCCCCGCCCUCCCUGCGAACCUCCCUCCUGCGCGUGGCGCUCCUCCCCCGCCUGCUACCUCUAGCCCUCCACCCCAUCGCCAACUACACCGUGCAGACCGCGCUCUCCGCUCUCGACAACCCCACUGAUGUCAAACGAGCUUUCAAGGCGCUCGCGGGCGGCGGGAAGGGGGGAGGAGAAGGGGGGGAGGGAGAGGGGGGAGAGACCGGGGGGAUUGAGGGGGGAGGGAGAGGGGAGGGGUUGUCGGCGCUGUUGAAGGGGGGAAGGGGGCGAGUGGUGCUGGCGCUGCUCAUUGCGUGUGGGCGAACCAAGACGUUUCAGACGAGGGCAUGCGAAUCCCUCUUGGCCGCCCUCUCUCCCGCGCCACCAUCGUCAACACCCUCAGCAGCAGCAGACACAGCGGCAUCGGAUGCAGCAGCCGUGGGCAGUCUGCUCUGGCUGGACGGCUGGCUAACCACCCAGGUCAACGACCAGCGCUCCAACCGAGCCAAGAAACGCCAGCAGCAGCAGGGGUGGGCGUCUGUGCCUGUGGCAGAGCGGGGGGCUCUGUCGUUCGUGGGGUGCAUGGCGCUGCAGACCAUCUUCGCCUUCCCGCCUGCGGCAUCCCACCGAGUGCUGCAGGCCCUUGUCGCGCUGCCUCCCUCGCACCUCAUGCACCUUGCCACGGACAUCAAGGGCAGCCGCGUGCUCUCGGCGUUCUUCCGUGCUCCCACGGUCCCAGCAGGCCUCAAGACCACCAUGCUAACCAGCCUGAAGCCCCGCCUGUCAACAACAGCGCCAGAUAAGCUGGGCGCUUUCGUGGUGUCGGCAGCAUUUGACGCCAUGGGGGUGGAGGGGAAACAGAUUAUUCUGUCUGAGCUGGCGACGCGCUAUUCGUCGGCGUCCUCCUCUCUGCUGCAGCGGCCGCUCUUCCGCCACAUGGGCCUGGCAGAGUACCUGGAGAGCCCGGACGCCUGGCAGAAGCAGCAGCAGCGCAAGGAGGGUCUGCUCCGAGAAUUCCAAGACCUGCUCCCAGCCCCCGCUACACCCGUGGAUGCCACAACGGUGUCAGUGGCUAAGAAAAUGAAAAGUGAGGGCAAGAAGCGAAAGGGGUGUGAUGACGGGGGAAAGGGGCUGCAUGGAGGGGAUGAUGCGGGGAGCAAAGGGGGAGGCAAGCCUGGGGGCGCGUUGAGAGGGAUUGUGGAGCAAUUGGAGCUGGGGAGUGAGAUGGCGAUGUUGGGGUUCGGUGCUGAAGGCGGGGAGAUGGGGCAGGAGGAGAUGGAUGGUGGGAGUGUCUCUAAGAAGAGGAAGGUGAAGAAGGAAAGAACACACGAAUGAGAAUUAUUGCAAGUUUUGUUUUUUGUAGUGAUGAUGCACAUGUGAAGGAACGUAUUUCUGAAUAACUACUCUUUGUGCUUUGUAUCGUCCUUUCGACACCUGUAGCGAACCAAGCGGAACCCCCAAGCACGUGU